CGCCGAGAGCAGAUAAAUUUAUUCCCAAAGCAACCACUAAACCGGCUGAGCGAAAUGAUGAUCGAUCACCAGGUGAGCGAAAGAGAGGAGCCAGAUAAAUAGAGAGAACGCGCACAGAGAGCAGAUGAAUAAGAAGCCGAGAGAGAAAGAACGAGCGCAUACCUGUGCGGUGAGCAAGCAACUUAUUCUGUGGAUCAGGUGAAGAUCACUGAUGAUUUCCAGCCAUCUGACAUUUCCAAAAUGGGUUCACGCACGCACACCAGCACACUUGUCCCUAUGGGCGAUCAGUCACUUGUUUCUAUGAGCGAUCACCACCAGGUUCAUUUCAUUUGCCCAACGGACGCGGACAUUGUCAUGACGUUUGCUCUUUUUUCGGGUCUGCGCGAUCAGCUGAUCAUGAUGGCCGCCAAAAGCAGGUUUUCAGCUCAACCGAGCAUUAUUAAUCAUAAGCCGAAAGAGGAAAGAGAGCGCACCUCCAACAGAGGGUGCCGGCCGACGGAGGCCGAACCGCGCGUCCAAAGUGGUAACAACUUCGACAUCGCCAAUCGACAUGUGAGGGGAGGGUUUUAGCGGGAAGUAACGAGUUGGCCAAGUGGCCGACUUGUUUACCCUGCCACCAGCAAACACACAAGGCGAAAAACAGACAAAAAAAAAAAAAAACAGAACAAAAACAACCACGCUGAAAACAAAACAAAGCCGGGGAGGCGAAAAAAAAGUUAUGUGAAAAAGGUGGGAAAAUGCAAGCAUUGUUAGCCUUUUGGCCAGGCUAAAAGGUAACGAAGCAUGCAGCCACUGACGGAUAAACGGACAAACGGACAGCUAUACGGACAUUCAGAUGGAGGAAGCCGCGCAGGAAGCACAAGGAGCAUGGCACGACUCCUGGCAGGCCGCACAUUUCAAUAAUUAUUAACUGCAACAUGCUACAUGCAACAUGGCCACAUGGCCACAUGCAACCUGCAACGCGCCGCACAGUAGCAACACACACACACAAACAUAUGGAGUAACUAGGGGGACCAGCAAUUAUCAAAACUUGUACAAAAUGACAUUUUUUCCCGGCCAGCCAGGUGGACGCACAUGCAUUUUAGAGUUGGGGGCGUCAGCCCGUUGGCCAUUGCAUUUUGGCACGUUGCGGAUUUUGAAAUGCAAACACGGCAUUUAAUUCUAUUAAGGCCGCUAUUUAAUUAUCUCUUGCGGCUACGGACCCAAAUCGCGGCUUUCAAUGUCAGAGAAGCCGGAAGAGAGUGGUUCCCCUGUUGGGUCCAAAGACCCCUCCCCCACAAGUGGCCGCUUAAGUGCUGGGCAUAAUCCACAGCCAGAAGCUGUGGGGCUUAUCGGUGCUUAUCUGCAAGAGUCAAAAGUGAUGCCACACGGGGAAAAGUGGAAAUCGAAUUGGGCUUUAACUGAUCGUAAUUGCUUGUGAAAUUGCAUUCUCCUUUUUGUCAUGUAUAAUAUA